AUGGUCGACAAGAGCAGCGAGGUGGCAAUGGAAGAGGCGGAAGAGGAGAAGGAGGUGGCGGAUGCCAGACCCGAGAAGGACUGCCUGGCCGUUCCUUUCCGUUUCACACCACCCGAGUGGCCCUCCCUUCGACUGCCCAUCGACAAGGAGCAAAUUAUCAGAGCGGUCGGUCGAACAGAGGACGACAUUCGCGCCUUCCUCUCCAUGGAGACGAACCUCAUUGGCCAGGGCUACUACCAGCGACCCAACUCAAUGGCCUCCAUUCACCAGGCCGUCUUUGGGCCGCCGAAUGAGAAUCUGCAGAAGAUCAACCUGAACGGCUUUCGGGCGCUGCAGGUGACCCGCUUUCUGGGACGGCGUUUCCGCCUCGGCCCUGUGGAGAUGCGUGACGGCCUCUCGCAGUUUGACCUGUACGACACCGAGUACGAGCAGUUCUGUCCGGCGAUUCCGCGCUGUUCAGAGCGGGAGAAGUACCGUACGAUUGACGGCAGUUGCAACAACCUCAAUGAGCCCAUCUGGGGCAAGUCAAAUACGCAGUACUCGAGGAUGAUGCCACCGGCUUACAGUGACGGCAUCAGCGAGUUUCGCCGCUCCGUCACCGGUGGUCCACUUCCGCUGGCCAGAGUGCUCUCCACUGAGCUCACUUUUACCUCUUCUAAAUUGGAUCGCAAUCUCAACGUUAUGUUUAUGCAAUGGGGCCAGUUCCUUGAUCAUGACACCACUCUUGGAUCAUCAACUCGAGCCACCAACGGUCAAGGUUUACUGUGCUGCAAUCGAACUCACUUGGAGGACCCUGUCUUUCACCCUGCUUGUCGGCCAAUUAUCAUUCCGCGACGCGACCCAUUUUACAGUCGCUUCAACCGUCGCUGCAACAACUUUGUCCGCAACGCCGUCGGCAUGAAGAACAACUGCAACCUGGGCUACCGAGAGCAGACUAAUGUCAUUACCUCCUACCUAGACGCCUCCAUGGUUUACGGUAAUCAGGAGAAUCGAUCAAGAAUUGUGCGCACUUUCAAAGACGGUCUUCUACGCGUCUCACGCAUAAACAAGCGCGAUUUUCUGCCCUACGACACAAUGAACAACUCAAUAGAGCACAAUCGACUUGCCCGGGAACUGAAGAAGCUUAAUAGACACUGGAGCGACGAGACCAUCUUCCAAGAAGCGAGACGGAUCGUUGGCGCAGAAAUACAGCAAAUCACCUACAAUGAGUGGUUGCCGCUUGCCCUGGGUCGAAACACCAUGAAGGCCACCGGGCUGAUGUUGAUGCCCGAGGGCUUUUGCACUGACUACAAUCCUGCCGUCAAUCCGGCGAUCCUCAAUGAAUUUGCCUCUGCUGCCUUCCGCUGGCACACUUUGGUUCAGGGGUUCUACCAGCUGAUGAGCGAGAACGGCCAGGUUCGGGAAAACUACCAGAUGCGGAAAAUAUUCAACAAUCCAUCACUGCUGUACCGAGAUGGCGCAAUUGACGAGGCGACGUACGGUCUGGUGGCUGCCAAGUCCGAAGCCUUUGAUCCGAUCUUCAUUGAUGAUAUAAAAAAUUUCCUCUUUCCUGCCGGGCAGAACGCCACCUUUGGCAUGGACCUGGUCUCCAUCAACAUUCAACGAGGCCGUGAUCACGGAAUGCCGCCGUACAAUGUCGUACGACGAGCCUGUGGACUCCCUCCAGUGCGGGACUUUCGCCAGUUGAAUAGCAUACUCCAACGAGGCAGUGCUGCAAGAUUUGCUGAAAUCUAUGAUCACGUCGACGACAUUGACCUUUUUGUGGGCGGUGUCCAUGAGCUACCGUUGCCAGAGGGCAUUUUGGGGCCCACCUUUGCGUGCAUCGUCGCCGAGCAGUUCCGUCGCCUGAAAUACGGCGAUCGAUUCUGGUUUGAGAACGGCGGUAUGGCGCAUUCCUUUAGCGAUCGACAACUGAAUGAGCUUCGUAAAGUGACUCUUGCCGGCGUCAUCUGUGCCAAUGGUGACCGAAUUCGCAAGAUGCAACCCUUUGCUAUGGUCGCCAAGCACGACAGACU